CGGGCAGAACAUGAUGCCCAGGAAGUUUCACCUGAACAGAGAAAGAGCUUCUUUACUGUGCAGUGACAGCCCCGGAACAGAUUGUCCAGAGACAGUGUGGAGUCUCCCUCAGUGCAGAGACUCGGCAACUGUCUGGACACGAUCCUGUGCUAUGUGUUCUAGGAUGACCCUGCUUGAGCAAGGACAUUGGAACACCACCCUAACAAUAAGGUAACUCUAGAAGCUAUGGAUAUACUCUUCAGAAUCAGAGGAGGCUUGGAUCUUGCAUUUCAGCUUGCAACGACUGACGAGGCAUCAACAAAAAAGGCAUUAGGAUAUGUUUUCAGUGAUCUUGAAAACAAGCUGUCCUCCGAGGUUCUUGUAUUCAGAAUUUGCCACAGUUCAGUCUAUGUGUGGCCUAACAAUGGCAUGAGCACAGUUCCAGAGCUGACUGAUGAGUCUGCAUGUAAGGAGAUAAAAAGAUUUAUACAAUUUGAUCAAGAUGAUGAGACCAAACGAAAGCUUGGCAAAAAAAAGGAUAAAAAGUUACAGGAUACGCAGCAGAUAAUCAAUGUAGACCUCAUGUUGGAAAUGACAUCUUCAUUAGCUGCUCUGGCUCCAGUCAUUGAAAGGGAAAAGAAGGAGCACCACUACAUAAAUAUGACAUUACCAGUUGAUGUUGUUGUAUCUGUUUCUCCAGAAGAGCCAUGGGGAAAGGUACAAAAUCUCCUAGUGAAAGCAAUUCAUGGGCAAUUGACUGACAUGGAAAGAUGUAUCAUGAAAUAUGUGAAAGGAACAUCAAUUGUGGUACCAGAACAAUUUCAUUUCAUGUUACCAGGAAAAAAUCACCUCGUGACAGUCUCAUAUCCUACGGGUAUUUCAGAUGAUCAGCUGGAAAGUUACAGAAAGGAAUUGCAUGGGUUAUACAAUCUGCCUUGUGACAGACCAUAUUUCAAGAGAGCAAAUGCUUAUCAUUUUCCAGAUGAACCAUAUAAAGAUGGAUAUCUCAGAAAUCCACAUUUACAUCUUAGUUCACCUGGCAUGGAGUCUGGUAUGGUGUAUUUAGUGCAAGGUGUGUACAGUUAUCACCACUACAUGCAGGACCGCAUCGAUGACAGUGGCUGGGGCUGUGCCUAUCGCUCUCUGCAGACAAUCUGCUCUUGGUUCAAGCACCAAGGCUACAUGGACAGACCUAUACCAACACACAAGGAAAUUCAACAGGCACUGGUUGAUGCUGGAGACAAGCCUGCAGCGUUUGUUGGCUCACGGCAAUGGAUUGGUUCGAUUGAGGUGCAGCUUGUUUUGAAUCAGCUUUUUGGAAUAACAUCCAAAAUAUUGUUUGUCAGCCAGGGUUCUGAAUUAGCAUUGCAGGGAAGAGAGCUUGCUAAUCAUUUCAAGACUGAGGGAACUCCAGUUAUGAUUGGUGGAGGUGUUUUGGCUCACACAAUAUUAGGAGUGGCUUGGAAUGAGACUACAGGGCACAUUAAAUACUUGAUUCUAGACCCACAUUAUACUGGAGGAGAAGAUCUGCAUGUUAUAUUGGAAAAGGGCUGGUGUGGCUGGAAGGGCCCGGAGUUUUGGAACAAGGACGCCUACUAUAACCUGUGCCUACCUCAACGACCCAAGGCUAUUUAAAUUCACUCUCAUGCUGAAUAUGCUGAGACAGAACAGUAGCUAAACUAGAUAAAACUCUCCUGUUAUUUAUCAAAAUAAUGCUUUAAGUCAAUCAAAACCCAGUUGAAAUAGAAAUGUUGGUUGAAUGACUUAAAUUAAGAAACUAUUUUUUUUAAAUGAAACCUCUAGAAAUAAGAGUUACCUGCUUUGAACUGUAUUCCUUAUAA